AUGGUACAUUCGAGAAAGUUCCGAGGUGUUCGCCAGCGACACUGGGGUUCUUGGGUUUCUGAGAUUCGACAUCCUCUAUUGAAGAGAAGAGUAUGGCUUGGAACAUUCGAAACGGCCGAAGCGGCUGCGAGAGCUUACGAUCAGGCGGCUCUUCUAAUGAACGGCCAAAACGCUAAGACCAAUUUCCCUGCCGUCAAAUCAGACGAAGGCUCUGAUCACGUUAACGACGUUAACUCUCCGUUAAUGUCACCAAAGUCGUUAUCUGAGCUCUUGAACGCUAAGCUAAGGAAGAGCUGCAAAGACCUAACGUCGUCGAUGACGUGUCUCCGUCUCGACACCGACAGUUCCCACAUCGGAGUUUGGCAGAAACGGGCCGGGUCAAAAACGAGUCCGAACUGGGUCAUGCGUCUCGAACUCGGGAGCGUAACCAACCGAAGUGUAGAUGAUUUGGCGUUGACUACGGUGAAGAAACCAAACGUAGUGGACAAAGAAGAAGAAAAAGAAGCAGCAGAAGAGGAGGCUAAUGUUGAUGAGGAUCAGUUAGCUAUGGAGAUGAUCGAAGAGUUGCUUAAUUGGAGUUGA